AGAAAGGUUGUUCUCACUGAGUUGCCCCGUCAGGGUGACACCAAGCUAUGACCUAGCCCUUGGCCUUUCCUCGCCUUUCUUCCAGCAUUCCAGCAUUCCGCAUCGUUUCCUAGUCGUCAGGCCUUGAGUUCCCUCAUAUCCACAUUGUUUCCUAGCCGUUGCCUUGUUUUAGCGUUCUCGCCCUGCCGCUAGUAGAAAAAGUCGAGACGAGGCACCACUCGUCGUCCUUCAUUAACAUUGGCGCCGAUGGAGUGCUCCGUGUAUCAGCAAUGGGACCGCGUCGUAGCGCACUUCGACCUCGACUGCUUCUACGCUCAGGUGGAGCUGCAGAGGCGACCGGAGCUGAAAGACCGACCUCUAGGCGUUACACAGAAAUUUCUGGUGGUGACAGCCAAUUAUGCUGCUAGAGCGCGAGGCGUUCCGAAGAUGGCCUCUGUUGCUGAUGCCCGGACAAGGUGUCCAGAGAUAGUGCUUAUAAAGGGGGAGGACCUCACGCCCUACAGAGCAGCCAGCAAGAGAAUCCUCGCUGUCCUUGCACGAUUUGGAACCCUUGAAAGGCUUGGAUUGGACGAGGCGUUUGUGGAUCUAUCACCCCGCGUAGCUGCAACGCUGGCCUCAGGAAGCUUCAAGGAAGGUUUCGUUGGGCACGUAGAGAGAGGGGGAGCAGGAGGCGGAGCAAAUGGGAUUGAGAGGGAAGGUGGACAGGAGAAUCGCCAUGAUUGGCUGGCGAGCCAGGCGAAUCGUCCACCCAUGGGGCCGGGAGAGUACCACCUGGCAGCAGGCAGUUGGCUGGCGAGCCAGGCGAGGCGGGCAGUGGAGGAGGAGACGGGAUACCAGAUGUCAUGCGGGGUGUCGCACAAUAAACUUCUAGCGAAGCUUGUCAGCUCCCGCCACAAGCCCAAUGACCAGACGACACUUGUCGCAUCAGCAGCCAUGGAUUUCAUCGCCAAUCUGCCCGUCAGGAAGGUGCCAGGUGUCGGCAGGCGACUGGAGGAGCAGCUCGCCUCCAGGAAUGUGACUCAAAUGAAGGGUCUCUCCUCCUUCGCCCUCCAAGAUCUCCAGUCGUGGCUCGGCCCGAAGCUAGCGCCAUUCCUCUUUGGUGCAUGCCGAGGCUACGACCCCACGCCUGUGACGCCUAAGGGUCCACUCAAGAGUGUGUCUGUGGAAGACUCGUUCCUGCCCAUCCAUACUGUUGCUCAGGCCAAGCCGAUACUGCAGGAUCUGCUGCCAGACCUGGUAGCACGCAUAGAUGAGGAGUGGGAGGAGACCAGGCGAAGACCAAAAACGUUCACUGUCAAGUGGAGGAAGAAGGAGAAGGAGUACAGGUUCACAUCCGCCUCGUGCCCCAUGCCUCCUGCUGUCCUCUCCCCCUCCACACCUCCCCCUCUACGCAUCUCCUCUCUCCUCCACCUCGCCUCCUCGCUCCUCUCCCGUGCCUUCCCUCCUCCUCCUCCAGUCUCUGCCGCUACGUCUGCUGUUGCUGCUGCUGCUGCUGCUGGUGCUGGUGGUGCUGCUGUUGCUGCUGCUGCUGCUGCUGCUGCUGCCCCUGUUGCUGGUGCAGCAGCUACCGCUGCUACAGCUGCUGAGAUCGGACUACCUGGCUCUAGAGAGGCUGCCGCGCUGCUUCCUGUGGUGGUGAUCAACGUGGGAGCCACGAAUUUCGUUUCUUCCCCUCAGCCGUCCCAAUCCGGGCAGCCAGGGAGUGGUGGUGCUGGGUGCCUGGCGAGGUGGCUGAAGCCCCGAGGAGCGAACGCAGGGCCGAGGGUAGUUGAGGAGAAGGAUGUAGGUCAGAUGAUGCAGGGGUGCCCACAUGUGUCAGAUGAUGCGCUAUGUGCGGUACCUGCUGUCGACAGUGGGUGCUCUCUGGUGCUUCAGCCAGGGAGUGCUGCUGCUGGGAGCCUGGAGAGGUGGCUUAAGCCACGAGGAGUGCAUGCAGGGGAAGUGGCAGCUGGGGAGGGGGAUGUGGAGCAGAGAGAUGCGGUACCGGCUGAUGAGAGGGGGUGCUCUCAGCUGGUUGAGCAAGGAAGUGCUGCUGCUGGGUGCCUGGCGAGGCGGCUGAAGCCCCGAGGAGUGGAUGCAGGCCCGAUGGUGCAGGGAGAAAUCAAGAAGGGAGAUGGGAUACAGGAAGAGGUGGCAGGGAGAGAUGUGUUACCUGCUAUUGCAGAUGACAAGGAGAGAUGUGUAGAGAGUGGGUGCUCUCAGCUAUUGCAGCCAGGGAGUGCAGCUGCUGGGAGCCUGAAGCGGGGGCUGAAGCCACGAGGAGCGGGUGCAGGGCGGCUGAUGGUAGAGGGAGAUCUGAGCCAGGGGGAUAGGAUACAGGAAGAGGUGACUAGGCGAGAUGUGUUACCUGCUGUAAAGAGUGGAUGCUCUCAGCUAUUGCAGCCAGGGAGCGGUGCUUCUGGGAGCCUGAAGCGGUGGCUGAAACCACAAGGAGUGCACCCAGGGCAGAUGGCACCGCGAGGGCUGAUGCAGAGACAAGCAGAGGUGGGUAGAAAUGCUGAGAUGAGUGGAGCCUUGGCGGGACGAAUGGAGGCGAGAGAACCAGCGCGUGUUGGGGAGGGGGGCAGUAUGGAAUGUGCCAAUGUUGUUCCCCCAAAGCAAUGUGGUCUUCUGGUGAAUGAUGAUGCCAGAGAACAGUGCUCUGCCGGUAAUUUGCUCGGCGGAUUGUGGAAUUGUGGGAGAGAUGCAAAGAGGGGCCGAGACUGGAUGCUCGGUGGUGGCAAGGGGAGCAAACGCUUCUGUGAGCUUCAAGAUGUGGAUCCUGGUGCAGAGUGUGCAACCGCCUGUGACACGGAGUGUGCGACCACUUGUGACACGGAGUGUGCGACCACAUGUGACACAGACUGUGCAGCUGCACAUGACAUGUGGACGUCAGAGGGCACUGCACGUGAUACAUGGAAGUGUGAGGAAUGUGGGAAGCAGAUCCUGGCGGAGAAGGUGGAGGAGCACCUUGAUUUUCACUUUGCAUUGCGGCUUGAAGCGGAGGAAAGGCGGGUUUCUACGAGCUUAAGACAGACCUUCCGGCUAAAACGGGAGGUGUCACGCCUUGAUAGCAAUCACACCCGGAGUGAGAUGCUAAGGAAACGUCCAAAACGUGUAAGUGCAAAUAAGGGUGGCACUAGACCCGGUGCCAAGUCUACGGAUGGGUUUCCGAAGGGCAAGUCAAGCAUCAACAAUACGCUGGAUGCAUUUGUGUCUCGGCACGCCUUGUUGAAGGAAUGAAGCAUUGGGCUUAUUAAAAAAUUAAUAGUGUUGUGGACAAUUUCCUCCUGUAAACGACUAAUUUU